CGGAAUCUCCAUUUGGACUGACGGAAGUUGGAGACGGUCUGCAUCAACAGCAGUAAAGUGGCUUCCGGGCAACAUGUACCAGCUGUAAACAUGGCGGAGGAAGUACUGGAAGCAGUCGAGAAGUUGCAGUUACGGCUCACAGAAAACACAGAGCCUCGCAAGCUGCUGAAAACUCUCAAAAGGCUUGCAGAGCUGCCCAUAACAGUGGACAUCCUGGUGGAAACCGGUGUUGGUAAGACUGUGAAUUCUUUUCGCAAACAUGACGUUGCUGGUGAGGCAGCUAAAAACCUUGUGGCCAAAUGGAAGAAGUUGGUUCCAGAGAAGUCUGCAGAGAGGCCGAGUGUAAAGGAGGGGCGUUCUCACUCACGCAUUAAUGAGCCUGGAGGGCACAAACGAGUCCGGGAGCGGUCUCCAGAGGAACCUCCGCAUGUGGAGGAGGAGGACCAGGAGAUGGAAUACCAACAUGACUACUCCCCAUCACCCCCGCAACACUACAGCUCACCGUACAGGCACACGGGGGAGUCGGCUGAAUAUGAAAGCCCUCUAGAGGAAGAGCCAGAACCCAGUCCCCCACGACUUGAAGUGAGGCACAAUAAACCACACAAGGAGUCAGUAAGGGAGCACCGUUCUCAAGACGUUCGGGAUCAGGAGAAACGGAAGCACCGCACACAGGUUGAGGGUGGUGACAGCAGUCAUAGGAAAACGCACAAAGCCGACAAAGAGCCACAGGGUGGGACGAGUCACAAAUCUAAACACGAUAGACGUUUAACUUCGCAUGAGGGCCGGAGAGAAAAGAAAGGAGGAAGCGAUGGAAAAUCAAGGGAGACAAGGGAUGUUCCAGAGCAAAGGGAUGUUCCAGAGCAAAUGGAUGAGGAACCAUUUGAGGCUCCUACUAUGUCUUUCGAAUCCUUCCUUACAUACGAUGCACCGACCCCAAGCAAAAAAAAGAAAAAGCAGCCCUCGCGACCCGCUCAGCCUCCAGCCUCUGCCCCUUCUGUAUCCUCAAAGUCUGACAGGGCCAAUGGGACCAGCAGUAAACGUUCAGAGCCAUCCACUUCCUCACUGACCAUGCCCACUAUUCCAGAGAAACGCAGGAAGGUUGUGGAUGUGGUUCCCACUUUACCUGAUAUCCCUUUGCCAGCCAUCCAGCCAAACUACAGACCCCUUCCCUCUAUUGAUUUAACUCCACUGUCCCCCCAGAGACGCAAAGUUCCAGUGUCAUACGAUGUGGAAGAUGAUGGCUGCGCCGGCCGAAGGCUUAACUCUAAAAUGAUGGUGUACUCUGGCUCCAAGACUGCUUACUUACCGAAAAUGAUGUCUUUGUUUGACCAGUGCAUUAGAGUCCUACAGAACAACAUUGAUUCAAUCGAUGAAGUGGGUGGAGUGCCAUUUGAGAUCCUGGAACCGGUUCUGAAGAGAUGCACUCCUGAGCAGCUUUAUCGGAUUGAGCAGUGUAAUCCGUAUUUCACAGAAGAUUCCGAUGACCUGUGGAUGAAACACUGCAAACGUGAUUUUAAACAUGAAGUUGCUCAGGAGUAUGAAUCAUGGAGGGAGUUGUAUCUCCGGCUCCACGAGGAACGUGAGGAACGUCUGCGCAAGCUCACAAUGAACAUCAGCUCUGCCCAUGCAAACAAACCUAAGGGACGGCAGGUUAAAAUGGCAUUUGUCAACUCUGUUGCUAAGCCCCCUCGUAAUAUCCGUCGUAUACAGGAGAAGUUUGGCAUUAAGAACGAUUCUACCAGAAUGAGUGCAGCUGCCCCCUCUGCCAAGAUCAGACCCGCAACAAACUACAGCUUCCAUAGCAAGUCCAGUGAUGGUGGCGAGUCUUCUGUUAGCAGUCCUCCUGAAACCUCUUCUCGCUCAUCUGCUCCAAACAGCUCUGGUGGCCACAGUGCCAGAGACAAACCACAGGUCAAAAAAAUUGCCCCAAUGAUGGCUAAGACUAUCAAAGCAUUCAAGAACAGAUUCUCUCGGCGGUAAAGGGAAAACAAUGACUGUGAUUUUAUGUGUGAGAAAAACUGGGAAAAGAAACUGUUUUUUUGCUGUAAUGCUUCAUAGGAAAUGUGCAAUUCCCUCUCACCUUUUAUGUUUUUAUGCUUUUAAUAUGAUCAGUACAGCUUACUGGAAGCAAUUGUGAAAAUAUCAACAUCAGCAACCAUCCACGUCUAAUUAUGUCUAAGCAUGUGGUCUUUUGCUUCAUUUUUAAACAGAGCAAACUAGUGGUACACUACAGAUUACCAUCAAACACCAGAACCCAGAAUCAUUGUUAUGUGUUUAUUUAAUAAUUGCAUCAUCAUGUGACUUAAGUAUAUGAUGAUAAAGUGAAUAGAGAAUGAGAUGUAUAAAGUUCAAGGACCUUACACUUUCAACCAUCAUAUAUUUAUUUUAAAUAUUUGACCUGGCAGCCCUGGACCUUGCCUUUAAUGAAAGAUCACGAAGUCAUUUUAAUAGAUUUUAUGAAGUGUUCUAUGGACAUUUUUAAUAAAAUCCAUGUGUUGCUCUUA